AUGAAGCCAAACACAAACGCGGACCCAAAGGCCUCAGUGGCCAUCAAGAAAAGCUCAAGGGUUCCUGGAGUUAUUGUGACUCAGACUGUUGAGCGGGUGCCUUUGGGAAAAACAACUCCCGAUUUCACCCGCAAACCGCUGGCAGUGACUGUUCAAGAGGGUAAAAAGGCUCUUUUAAAAGCUAUGGUUAGUGGAGACCCAGCACCAACAGUCACAUGGGGGCGUAGCAAAGGAGACACUGAUGACCCAAAAAAGUAUGUGAGCAGACAUGAUGAACGAACGCGAGAACACAUCCUGGAGGUCAUCAAUGCAACAAUAGAAGAAGCUGACACCUACAAGUGCACAGUGAGCAAUGAGUAUGGAAACGCCGUUUGCACAGUCAUACUCAAAGUUCUUCAAGCUGGUUUAAAGAAAAAUCAGUCAGACAAUGGAAACGCACCAGAUUUCAGGGCAAUGCUAAAGAAAACUGUCGUUGUCACCAGAAAAAAGCAACUUCCACCAAAGAAAGAGGGAGAAAUUGAUCCCAAACUGUGGGAACUCCUUCUGAGUGCACCGAAGAAAGAUUAUGAGAGAAUCUGUUUGGACUUUGGGGUUACUGACUUUCGCUGGAUGCUGAAGAGACUGAACCAGAUGAAAAAGGAGCGAGAGGAGGAGCAGGCAAAGGUGGUCGAGCAGGUGGACAAUGUGAAGCAGAUUGAAGUGAAACCAAACGGAAGAGCUGAAUUCAGUCUUGACAUGACACUAACCGACCCAAACAGUUCCAUUAACUUGUAUAAGGAUGGAACAUUUGUGCCUUACGAUGAUGAUGAAAAUUCAAAACACAGCCUCAAGAAAACAGGGACAAAGUAUGUUUUCAGUAUCAAAGACCCUCAGCCAGAAGACGCUGGGUUCUAUCAGGUUGACGUUGAAGACGCCAACAUUCUUUCUACUGACUUUCAAGUGCCCGCUGUGGAGUUCACAGCCAAGAUCAAGAACGCAAAGGUUGUGGAAGGCCAGGAUGCGGUUUUUCAGUGCGUCUUGUCGACACCUCUCCACAGAAUUUCUUGGUCGAAAGACGACUCCUCGCUGGAACACGGAGGCAGACAUGAGAUCACUGUCUCAGAGGACAAACUCAUUCACACCUUAACAAUAAAAGGAUGUGAAAUAGCAGAUAAGGGAACAUAUCAUGCUAUUGCUGGCAUCAUGUCAAGCAGUGCCUCACUCGACGUGGAAGCUGAUCCAAAUCGUCGCAAAGGAACCGGUGGAGAUGACGAUCUGUCUAAAUUACAAAAAGAGAAGGCGGAUUUGGAUGCGGCCAAACGACUGCAGGCUGAGAAGGACGCCGCUGACGCGGUGGCUAAAUCUGCGCUGGGGGACGGCGGAGACGGAGGCGGAGAUGGAGCUGGUGACGGGUCUGAUGGAGGCAAGGGUGACGGAGACGGCAAGGACGGGAACCUUCUGGGAGACGGAGGAGAUAGCAAUAAAAAGGAUGACGGAGAUGAUAAGAGAAAGAAGCGGAAUGGCCCUUUGGUUCCUGAUACAGUUACGGAUCGCGGUGUUCAGUUUGUCAGCGGGCUCUCAGAUACACUCGCUAACGUUGGUGAACGAGCGGAGCUGUCCUGCAAACUGAGCAGUGAGGCUUCAAAGGGAUGCUGGUAUAAAGACGGGAAACCGCUCAAAGACGGAGACGGUGUAACAAUCAUUAAAGACGGCGCUUGCCACAGGUUGAUAAUUGACUGUUGUAAAAAAGAUGAUGCAGCCGUUUACCGGUUUGAAGCUGAGGGGCGUAAAUCAGAAGCAACGCUGCAAAUUCAAGAUCCACCAAGAAUUGAUGCCGAUGCUCUUGGUGAGUUUACGAAUCCGGUGAUUGUGCGGGCGGGUGAAAAUGCAGAAUGGAAGCUGCCUUUCUCUGGCGGGUCGCCGAUGACCGUCCAGUGGUACAAGGAGGACGACGAGCUCCUGCCCGGCCUCAACGUAAAGAUUGACACAUCAGAGACUGAAAGUAAACUACGCCUCUCAAAGUGCCAGAGAAAAGAUAGUGGAGAGGUGAAAAUAAAAAUCAAAAAUGAAUCUGGGACAACGGAAGCUAUUUCAAAACUCAUUGUACUGGAUAAGCCGACCCCCCCACAGGGCCCGGCAGACAUUGUGGAAAGUGCAGUGACAUCUGUGGAGUUCAAGUGGAAGCCGCCAAAAGACAGCGGCGGCUGCCCAGUCACAAACUACAUCAUAGAACGGCAGCAAGUGGGGCGAAACAAGUGGUCAAACCUGGGUGAGAUCCCUGGCAGCAACCCAAGUUACCGGGACUCAGACGUGGAUCCUGGAAGGAGAUACUGCUACCGGAUCAGAGCCAAGAACGCAGAAGGCAUCAGCGAUUACCUGCAGACAGAAGACAUCGCAGCCGGAGUGUUACGUUAUCCUGGAUCACCAGCAGCCCCCAAAGUGGUCAGCGCCUUCAAGGACUGCAUCAACCUGUCAUGGUGUUCUCCAUCAGACACUGGAGGAACCAAAAUCAUAGGAUACAACCUGGAGAAGAAUAAGAAAGGGACUAACUACUGGAGUCUUGUGAACCAAAACGGGCCGAUCACAGAUACAAAAUAUGCAGUGAAAGACGUUUUCGAGGGAGCAGCGUAUGAAUUUCGAGUAUCUGCCAUAAACCUCUCAGGUGCAGGAGAUCCCAGCAUCCCAUGUGACACGGUUAUUGCAAGAGAUCCAAUGAAACCUCCAGGCAAAGUUAGAGACCUGAAAUUAACGUCCUCUAAUUACACUACGUUUUCACUGGCUUGGAGUAAACCUAAGGAAGUGCAAGGAGUGGAGGAUGAGGCCCAGGGGUACUAUGUGGAGAUCAGGCCAAUAGAAAACCUUGAAUGGACCCGAUGUAACGCCAUCCCCAUUACUCUCACAUCCUACACCGUGCUCGGCCUGAAGGCGAUGGCCACAUACUGGGUGAGAGUAAUUGCCACCAAUUACGGAGGUGACGGAGAGCCUCAGGGCUUCGACAAUUACAUCAUCGCCAUGCCUCCUCCUGUCAAACCAAAGUUUAAAGACCGAAACAUGAAGACAUUUGUGGUGGUGAAAGCUGGAAACACAGUUCGUCUCAACAUCAACUUUGAGGCCUCUCCCAUACCUGACAUUACUUGGUUAAAGGAUAACACUCCAUUGCUCAAACAUGUGACGAUCACCAACUCUGAUAAAGGAUCCCAGCUGUUGAUCCCCACAUCUGAGCGCUCUGACAGCGGCAUUUACUGUAUCACUGUGAAGAACAUUGUUGGCCAGGAAAGCGUCAACAUAGAAAUUAGAGUAACAGAUGAUCCCAAGCCUCCAGGCCCAGUGGAGCUGGAUCAGAAAAUCCCGGGAACAGUGACUCUGAGCUGGACACCGUCUCCAGACGAGAAGCGGGAUGACAGGCUGCACUACAUGGUAUCCAAAAGAGACUCCUUCAAACGCACCUGGAGAACGGUGGCAGACAACCUCUUUAAUAACACGUUCACAGUUGUCAAUAUUUUGCCUGGAUGGGAGUAUAACUUCAGGGUGUUUGCUAAAAAUGACAUGGGCCUUUCGCCACCUUCUGAGGCCCCUGUGUUUGGAACUAAAAAGGAAAAAGAAACUUUCAGAGUUAACAUCCUGGAGCCAAAGCCCCUCAACUUUGAAUCAGCUCCAUCAUUUACUGUUCCCCUGAAAAUGCGCACAUCCCCGGAGGGCUACGAGUGCCACAUGAGCUGUGCAGUGAAGGGGGAUCCAGCUCCUCGUGUCACAUGGUACCGCAACAAUAUGAGCCUCAACACAAACACCAACUACCACAUCACUAAUGUGUGUGGAGUGUGUUCGCUGCUCAUACUGAGGGUUGGAAACAGAGACAACGGCGAAUACAAAGUGGUGAUCGAGAACAAACUGGGGGCAGCAGAGUCCUCCAUGAUACUGAAUAUCAAAGAGUCUGGAGUCCAAGACAUUGACUGA